AUGGCUGGGCUUGCUGCAUUGUGUCUCCUGCUUCUACAGACUGGAGCUCUUGGGUUUGAAAUAUUUGGAGAUUCUGUGACCCACCAGAAGAUCACAGAGAGAGCCAUUUUAAAUGCCACCGUGCAGGUGUGCCGUGCUGUGGCUAAAGCUGAGGGCAAAGACUUUGCUUUUCCUCCACAGCCUUUUACAGCUCAAUCUGUUGCUGUUGCCUGUGAAUCAUCAAACUCCAAGAGUUUCCUGCAGACCAUCAGGUUGGUCCAAAAAAGGAACAAACGAGUAGACCUACGGCAUCCAUUAGACGCGUCCUUUCACUUUGAUGAUGAGAGCUUUGCAGGAGGACGGGACAUAAUCACAGCAGGAUUAUCAGCUGUCAAAGCCAGCAACCAGCAAGAAAACUUUGAGGCAGCAAGAGAAAAACUUGGAGAAAUUCUACACCCUUUACAGGAUUUCUACAGCCACAGUAACUGGGUGGAACUGGGGAAUGAAAAUCCAAACUCCAAUCUAUUCAAAUCAGGCACCAGCAUUGGUAACAUAGCAGAUGAAAGCAGAGCGACCUGUCGUAACUGCGAUGGAGACGACUGCAGGAACAACAUUUUGGAAGAUAUCCUACGGGAAAAGAUACUUACUUCCGGAUAUUUCAGUGCUGUGCCACUAUUGUCGAGCAAGCCGCAGGGAAAAUGCAGUCAUGGGGGUAAAUUUGAUCGAACAAAAAACACAGAGCCUAGAGGUGGGAUCAACAAAGACAAUACAGAAUCAGAGCAUGGGCAUCUCCACAAUAAAGCAGUAAAUGUGGCAAUAGCUGCAACCACAGAGAUACUUGAGGACAUUCGAGGGGCUGCUGGUGACAGACCAUUCCUCCAGAUGAUGGGAAUUAUCAAAGGUAGGGCUCUUUGUUUUGCAAUUGACACAACAGGAAGCAUGAGUGAUGAUAUUGCUGCAGUGAGGACCGUCACUUCUGACAUAAUCAACAGCAAAGUGGGAACACAGGAUGAGCCCUCUGUUUACAUUCUGGUACCUUUCAAUGACCCAGACUUCGGGCCACUGAUAAAAACUACAGACCCAACAGUCUUCAAGAAUGCUAUUAAUUCACUAACAGCAACUGGUGGAGGAGAUGCUCCUGAACUGAGUCUUUCAGGACUUCAGCUGGCUUUAACUGGUGCGCCACCUAAUUCUGAAAUCUUCGUCUUCACGGAUGCGCCUGCUAAAGACACACAACUGAGAAGCACAGUGCUGGCACUCAUAGAGCAGAAAAAGACAGUGGUGAAUUUUAUGAUAACGAAUGUACUGUCAUUUCGUCGUCGAAGACAGAAUUAUAACAACCAACAACAAAAUCGCCCUCGAAUGGGGGCGUCAGAUGUGCAGCUGUACAGAGACUUGGCUCAGGCUUCAGGGGGUCAGGCUAUUGAAGUGUCAAAGAGUGACCUCCCUAAGGUCACCAGUAUCAUAACAGAGUCAUCCAGCUCCUCUCUGGUGACCCUCCUGCAAGCUGCCAGAAACCCAGGAAAGGCUGAAAAUUUCACUUUUACAGUUGAUGAGACAGUAAAAAACCUCACAAUUUACAUCACUGGGACAGCUGUCAGCUUUACUCUAAUAAGUCCUUCAGGUAACACGACAGAACCAUCAAACAUUGUAGCGGGAAACUUCCAGACUCUGCAGCUUACAACACAAGCGGGACAGUGGGAAAUGAGAAUGGUGUCAACAAAUCCCUAUACUCUGAAAGUAGUAGGUCAGAGUGCCAUUGACUUCCUGUUUGACUUUUUGGAGGUAUCUCAGGGCCCAUUUGGAGGUUUUGAUGUCGUAGACAAUCGCCCCAGAGCUGGUGUUAAUGGUAGCCUGCAGGUGACUGUAACUGGGAGCGACUCCGCCACAGUGACAGAGGUCACUCUGGUCGAAUCAUCAGGAUCAGAACAGGUGAACGGCAGUGUGGAGGCUCAGGGUGAUCGAAACUUCUUAGUACAUUUUGACAGGAUACCAUCACAGGAGUUUGUGGUGCUUGUAAAGGGGCAGAACAGCAAUGCUUCCUCCAGAGCAUCCUCAGUGCUCUUCCAAAGGCAGUCCCCCACCAGCAUCAGAGCUUCUACUGUGACUGUUACUGCUGAUGAUUCAAGCGAUGUCUUAGCCCCAGGAAAAUCAUUGUCAGUUCCCUUCUCUGUGACAACCAGUGGUGCAGGAGGAACUUUCAGCAUCCAAGCUACCAAUGAUCAAGGUUUUAGCUCAUCUUCCCCACCCAGUUUAGUCCUGGAAACUGGAGGUAGUGCUAACGGAACAGUGAACCUUACAGCACCUGGUAACACCGCAUCUGGUACUGACGUCACCCUGACCAUUGAGGCCCAGGCUCCUGGAGGCGGAGACACCAACUAUGUUGUGUUGCGUUUCACUGUACUUAAAACGGUGACUGAUUUCACUCAGCCAGUGUGUAAGCUGCUCAGCCUGCAGUCCAACUGCUCUACCAACUGUAGCGUAAUGUGGGAGCUCUCUGUUCAGGUGACUGAUGGGGCUGAAGGAACGGGUUUGGACCGUGUCAGCCUCAGACAGGGCAACGGAUCCUUUAACACCAGCCUGUCUGCUGGCAAUGUAACCAUGGUGUCCUACCAAGCUUCUUGCUGCUCACCUGAUGUGGAGCUGGUGGUGGUGGAUAAAGUGGGUAAUGUAGGCACCUGUUUCUACUCUGUGCGGGCAGCAACCACCAACAGUCCACAAACUACAACCGUCACUACAACCACCACUACAACUACCCAGACACUAUUGACUAUGCCACUUGUGAAUUUCAUGAUAACGAAUGUACUGUCGUCGAAGACUAUGAAGAAUUAUAACAACCAACAACAAAGUCUCAAUCGAAUGGGGGCGUCAGAUGUGCAGCUGUACAGAGACUUGGCUCAGGCUUCAGGGGGUCAGGCUAUUGAAGUGUCAAAGAGUGACCUCCCUAAGGUCACUAGUAUCAUAACCGAGUCCUCCAGCUCCUCUCUGGUGAACUUCAUGAUUACUGACUCAACGGCACUCAAUCGUCGCAGGUGGAGGAAUGACAGUAAGAUAACAGCAUCAGAUAUGCAGCUGUACAGAGACUUGGCUCAUGUUUCAGGCGGUCAGGCUAUCGAAGUCACAAAGAGUGAGCUCCCUGUGGCCACCAGCUUCAUAACAGAGUCCUUCAACUCCUCUCUGGUGACUCUUCUGCAGGCAGCCAGAAGCCCAGGAAAGGCAGAUAACUUCACUUUUAUGGUUGACGAAACAGUAACAAAACUUACAGUUUACAUCACUGGACGAUCUCUCACUUUUACUCUCAUCAGCCCCACAGGAUGUGAUCAGACCAGAGGAACAGGUUGUGUCCUGCAUGACGCUGCCCUCACCAUGUGCUCCAGCACUAUAAAGCGAGGUCGGACACAACAGUCAUCAAGUGUGAAGGACAUCAUUCAGACCUAA